AUGAAUGAUCUCUCCUUAAUCGAUAUAGGUUUCAAGGGAAGUAAAUUUACUUGGAGAAGGGGACGAGAGGAGAGGACAUAUGUGGCUAAACGGCUUGAUCGGGUGUUAUGUUGUGCGAAUACGCAUUUAAAGUGGCAAGAGGCAACAGUUACGCAUCUACCUUUCUUCUCAUCGGAUCAUGCUCCGCUUUACCUCCAGUUGAGUCCGGUGGUGAAGGGGGACCCACAAAGGCGACCUUUUUGCUUUGAAGUGGCUUGGAUGCAGCAUGAGAGCUUUAAGGACCUUUUGGUUACUUCUUGGGACAAUGGGGUUUUCACUCUAGUGGCUUUGAGAACUUUGCAGAGGAAGUUGAAGCGGUGGAACGCAGAUGUGUUUGGAGACGUUCAGCGUAAGAAGGAGUUACUUCUAGCAGAAUUGAAAGGGGUGGAGGACCAGCUUGAGCUGCAGCAGUCGAAUGCUUUCUUGGUUAGGGAAAUGGAGCUAUAA